GACUCUUUUAGGAAUCGACUCGUAGAGCGUCCUGCUUUGAUGCUUCAAUCGUGGCUGGUUUGUUUAGCUUAGCUAGCAGUUAGCUUAGAUUAGCUUAGUUUUGGCGAAGCUCAGGACUGAAUUGGCUUUCAGAGUGAGUAUGGUGUUAAUCCCGGGGAGGAAAAAGAUCUCAGGAUAUUUAAUAAAUAAAUAAGUGCGUUUUCCACAAGAAAAUAACUGUGUUUAUGUUUAGCGUUAGCGUUAGCAUUAGCAUUAGCUAACGGAGCCGCGGUGCAGUUAAAGGCAGCUGUGAUAUUUGCAUGAAGCUAAAGAGAGAUUUUCAUCCGGGUUUCAGAGCGUGUGAUGGUGACUUCCUCUGGCUGACCGCGUCGUCGUCGUCGUCGUCGUCGUGAUCAUGAGCGUCCACCAUGUCGUCCUGGUGUUCCUGUGCUGUGUGAGUGUGUGUGUGUGUGACACCAACAGCACGGUGAGCGUCGUAGCCAAUCAGACGACACAAAACCCCGGAGACUGCGAUGAGUCAAAGUGUCCCUCGGACACACCGUGUACGCGAGCUUUCUUCUCAGAGAAGAACUCCAGCUGCAUUUUCCUACACUGCGAUAAUAACGCGUCAUGUGAUCGCUUCAUAGCAGAACUGGGAGGGAAAGUUCAAAAUGAUGGAAUGAGUCAGAAAAACAGAACAGAUCCUCUACAAUCUCCUGCAUCUUCUCCAGAAAGCCCCGGUUCUCCAUCAACUGCCCCGACUGUUUCCCCGACUGCCUCCCCGACUGUUUCCCCGACUACCUCCCCGACCGCCUCCCCGACUGCCUCCCCGACCGCCUCCCCGACCGCCUCCCCGACUGUUUCCCCGACUCCCUCCUCUGCCCCUUUAUCUCUCCCUGUAGCGCCUCCUGGUCCUGACGGAAAGCAGCAUCCGGACAGUAGCAACUCUUCAGCCUCCGGUUUUAGCAGCAGCACCAGCGGGUCCGUCCAAAACAAAACCCUGGAAAAUGGACACCAGGGGAAACCCUCAGUCGAGCCUUCUGCCCCUGCACCAACCGCACCACCGGUUCCUGUAGCAUCUGUGGGGGCAGGAAACAUUUCAUCGACUGUUCGCCAAAUGGAUCAAAAUGGAACCGAAGUGAACAAAACUAGCCAAGAAACAACAACAGCAGCAACAACCACCUCAGUCAAACCUGCACUUCCUACUAACUCCACAGGAGCAACCGACACCACCUUUACCACGACGACAGUUACCCUGACAACCACUAGCACCACCACGCCAACCACUAGCACCACCAAUAAAAUUACCUCACCUCCUUCCACCACCCAAAUACGACCAGCAUCUACACCACCACCAACUCCUCCUCCAUCCCGCGCUCCUCCAUUUUUGCCCUCUGUCACCCCCUCCACCUCUCCACCAGGGCAAAAUCUUUCCUCAACAACCCCCAAAGUCCCGGAUGUUACCUCCGAUCAGGACAAAGCCAUAGCGGAAACAGCUGGAGGAGAGCUGACGAGUCACGUGGUGAGCACCAGCUCGCUGAUCGCCGUGCUGAUCUUCGGCCUGCUGUUCUUCAUCGUCACGGUCAUCCUCUUCCUCAGACACGCCUACGAGAGCUAUAAGAGGAGGGGCUACACGCAGAUGGACUAUCUCAUCAACGGCAUGUACUCCGACUCAGGGCUCUGACUCUUCUGUUUACAUUUCAAUAAGAAAUUUCUUCUUUUUUCCUCAGUGUAAAGUGUUCAUUGUUUUAAAGGGAGUUGUGUCUAGAGGACCAAAGUAGACAAAAUAAGAGUCGUGUUCGUCUUUAAAACAAACUCGGCGAGCUGCAGAGGCGAUCUUAAUGUUAAAUAUAACAGGUAAGAAAAGCAACGCGAAUUAAUGCGGUAAGAAAAAUGAUGCGAAAUUAAAGCAGGAACAAAAAGGACGCAAAAUAAAUGCAGGGAAAAAAAGGACAAUUUUUUUUAAACUGGAAAGAAAAAAGAAGACUCAAAAUUAGACAAAAAGAAAAAUUAUAUAAAUGCAGAAAAAAAGACACAAAAAAAUUACAAACAAAAUACAAACAAAAAGAAAAAAAUACACAAAUAAAUAAAAAAAGGCACAUCAAAUGUGACAAAACGACAAUAUAAAUAAAAAAAGAAAGAAAAAAUGAGACAAAAUAAAAGCAGAAUGAAAAAUGACACAAAAUAAACACUGAAAGAAAAAGUGAAAUGAAAUAAACUAGAAUGAAAGAACGACAGCACGUUAAAGCGGAACAGAGAAAAUUACAUGAAAUCAGAGUGGAAAUGAAAAUGACGGGAGUUAAAUCCGGCAGCGGAAUGAACGCAGCCAGAACGCAGAUAAAUAAAAAACGCUUAAUAAAGAUUGGAUUUAAAGACGAACGUCUUCUUCAGUCCUCGAAACUCACUGAGAUUAAAAAUGUACAGAUUUAUGAAUUAGUGUUUGCAGAAGUGGAGGAAAUUCUGGACCAUUUCACUGAAUGUACGGCUGUUUUUCAUUUUAUUUUUAAUUUUUUUUCCUCUAUGCAGAUGAGGCUUUGAUAUAAAACUGGUCUUUAAUUAAUCUUCUGAAUUAAUGCCAUGUUAAGGAACUGAUGGUGCAAUACAGAUGAUUUUUUCUUUCUUUGUCUUCCAGUAAUAUUCAGUGUAUAACGAGCAACUAACAGUCAGGUUGUACUAGUUGCCUUUUGCGAUGUUUAUUAGAACGAGUUAUUAAUCGAUGCCUUUAUUUUACGAUAUUUUUUCUGCUCUUUGGAUUUGGAACGAUGCCAAAACACAGCCACUGAGGCACUGAAGCACAUUAACGAGAAGCCAAGGGAAGUGUAGAGCCAUCACCGACUUUCUGUCCAGGGAAAUCGGGCUAUUAUUAUUAUUAUUAUUAUUAUUAUUCUUAUUAUUAUCUUACAUUUGUUUUCUUACUGCAGACAGUUGAACAGGACCGAAGGCAGGAUGCAGGCGGUGUUUGUGCCAAUAUAAAAAGUCAUAUCUAAUAAAGCACUUUGGAAAAUAAUGAUUGUUUACUUUGCAGAAAAUAUAAGUAAUAAACAAAGAACAAACAAA